GUCUUGGAUCAUUUACGAAUCAAAAGGAAUCAACAACCUCGCGUUAAGGAAAAAAGACACGGUUUUGCGAUUUGUCGGGAGCAAAAGUUGUGUGAAGAGAGAAAGGAAGAAGAAAGAGAGCUUUUUUACGGCUAUCUUCUGAAAGAGAAAGAGAGUGGCAGCUGCAAACGCACUAUUAAACCCUAGCAAGUACCCAUCCCGACAUUACUCGACCACUUGUUUUUUUUUUUAAUUUUUUGGUUUAAUCUGACUCAUCAUUACAAGAACAAGAGUUCGUGUUUCGGUUAAGGUGGUCUUGACCGCGCCGGAUUAUUACCCGGGAAACGAACAGUAUUAUUAUACAGCGUGGACCUAAGUUAAAGGCCCAUUUAUAUGGAAUUUGGAAUUUGCUUCGAAUAUUGGGCCUUCUAGUGAGUAAGCCCAAUUUCCUUUUUUUUCUUGCUAAAUACUUCAGAAACUAAGAAUAUAUUAUACCACAAGACACAAGUUGUGAGCAUUGAUAAACUAACAAUAAAGAAGUAUAUUUUCUGUAGAAAUCUGAAAACUUUGCUUUGUUUGUUGUAGAAAUCUGAAAGCUUUUAAAAAUAUAUUAUUAAACUAAGCUUAAAAGCUGAAAUGAAAUAAAGGUAAAGAGAGGAGGAUUUGCAUGGGAAAGAGAUAAACUACAAAAGUUAUAUAAUAGGAUCAGACACCGUUGAUAAUGGUAAAACAAGUGUAAGGAUCCCGAGUAGGUGAAGACUCCAAAGUACGUUUGUAUUUGUAGUAUAUUUUAAGAUGGAUUGUGUGAAUUGGGAGGAAUUCAAUAUCUAAUCCCCAUAAGAUAUGCGCAAUUUUGGGAAUGGAGCAUAUUUCGUUAUCGCUCGCUUACUUGUUUCAUUUUAAAAAUUAGUCAAUGAUAAAUUAAGACUAUGUAUGUAUGUUGGGGGUUUUAGGUAAAUGUCAAUCGCAACUACACAAUUUUUAAUUGAAAUAUUUAUAUGUUCGCUUGCCACAACCAAUCGUUGCCGCGGUAGUUGGGCUAACAACAAAUUUAAAAACGUAUAAUGUAUUUGCCAUGAAGAGGGAAAACAAAUUGUAUUUUAUCAUAUACAGAAAGAAGAAAAUGUAAAAAGGGAUAAAGAAGGUGCAUGCAGAUACAAAAGAGAGGCAAAAAACAAUGAGGGCAGGUGUAUAGGGAAACGUGACACGAGUCACGUGCUCUCCCACUCGACCACGUGCCGUCUAAGCAAUCCCACCAAUCCAUCUGCCGAUUCGAUUCUUUACAUAUAUUUGUUAACUUUGAUUAAUACUCUAUAGUUAGUUAAAUUGAAUAAUUUAAUUAGUGUGAUUAGAGGCAUUAGACACAUGCGCACGCACGCAGUUGCUACUUUGCACUUGUAUGUAUUACGGAGAUCGAGUUUUGUAAAUUUUAGGAAGACAGUAGGAGUUAGUUUUUUACUCAUUAGGUAGAGUAGUUUAUCCAACAUACCUAAAGCCUUGCAUGUAACGGUAGUUCAGUGCUUAAUAAAAACGUACUAUAUAUUUAUUUAUUAUUAUGUCUUGAAAUUUACAUUUGGAUGCUUGUAAAUCUACAUGUCUAUAUAAUUACAUACCGGUUGUGUUUUAUGAUCUCUUUCGUCACGGAAAAGUUGUCGGUGGUACUCAUUUUUCACCGAUCCGGUUACAGUGUUUCGUGCUUUUAUAAGAAAGGAACUAUAAAAUAAAUAAAUAAAACGUUAAAUUGGAUUUAUUUGUUCAUUCUCAUCCCAAACACUCAACCUUUCGUAAAAAGAAAAUGAUUUAAUUUGACUUGUCUUCAACUCAGUGAACUCCUUUCUUGAAUCCAAGCUCAUUUACACUGGGUCUACCCUAUAGCCAUCUGUAUUUAAUCAAAACGUGAGUACUUUCAUGAUGAAUGUGAAUAUGGAGAGAAGCUUUUUCACUUUGAUCUCGUGAGUUAACAAAAAAAAAAAGAGGAAGGGGAAGCAAUUCAAUUAUUUUUUUCCUUUAUAAUUAGUUUUCUUGUACAUCUAACAUUCCAAAUUAACUAAACCGCUAGUAUUUUUCAUGAAGAUGAAUACAUAGAGAACAUCUGAUUUGAAGCCAUUCAUUUGUCUACACGGGACAUGUUGAUAACGUAAAACUUUUAUGAUAAGGAAGUGAAAGAAAGAAAGCAAAAGAAAAAAUGUUAAAAAUUAAGGUGGAAAAAGAAAAGAAAAAAGUAGAGAUUGUGAUGAUCAUAAUAAACCUUAAUGAUUGUGUUUAAGCAAGCAUCUUACCACAUGCAAUGGCUUUUAGGGGGUUAGUUAAAAGCAGUAGCCAACACCAUAUUUGGUGAUCCAUAGUCUCAUGAGACAAUGACAUGUCCCCUCUCUCUCUCUACACACACACAUAAGUAGAUGAAAUUCAAUUAUCUGACUUUGGUGUCCACUAACCUUCCUUCAGCUUCAAGGCUCAUUAUCAUUACCACCCCUCAAAUUUAUUUCAAUUACCAGUAGAGACAGUGACAUAACGAGACAUAGUAUGGACCCAAGCAUCAGUAGAAGAAGAAGGACUGGGGUUGGAGGAGCCGUUACUGCUGUAACGAGAAUGCAGAGCGACGAUGAGGAACAAGUUAUUAGUAAUAAAUCUAUCGUCAAGACCAUUUAUCUUCAUGCUGCUGAAGAAGACAAGACUCCUAACAAGCAGAUGAGCUUAAAGGAAGCUACUUUGGUGGGCGUUAACGGGCAGAGACGGCCUCUGAAGCUCACGAGGACGAGAUCGAUCGGUUCUACUCCUCCGAUGACGCCGAGGAGAUCGAUCUCUAGUGACGUAAAUGACAAGGCUUUGACUGUGUCUGUGGCGGCGAAGAAGAAGGUGAGAUCUGAUUCGGUAGAAGGGGUUGAGAAGAAGACUCCGGGUCGGGUUAGGAAGACCCGAUCGGAGCUUUGCACGGCGGUCGUCAGCUCCAGUGAAUUUGAUUCAGUUCCGUUAAGGAAGGUGAGCUCAUUGCCAGCUCACGGUUCCGAGAAAGCUAAUGAGAAAACAGAGGAUGUACAUGUAAAAACAGAGGAGACCGUAGACGAGAAGCCACAGAUCACAGAGGAAGUCAAGGAGUUCGAUGUCUGUCAGGAGAUAGUCGUCGAUCACGAGGAGGAAGAGGAGGAGGAGGAGGAAGUGGAGAAGGAGGAGGAUAAAGAAGUGGAAAAGCAGAGUAUUGAUGUAAAAGAGAUGAACUUUGCGAAGGAGAGUAGCGAAAACAGAGAUGAGAGUAAACAGUACCGUCAAUUUCAAAACGGAACCGUUACAUCGCCGUCAGCCGUCCGUAAAGUUCCGCCGCCGGCGGUGAUCAAAAGGGCAACUUCGGUUUACUCGGUCCCAUCAAGCAAAGAUACGUAUACAGAGGAAGAAGAUAACUUUACUCAUCCACACAGCAAACUACAGAGCCUGGAGGAUCUUGUGAUGUGGAGAGAUGCAUCAAGGUCGACGCUUGUGUUCGGUUUCGGGACAUUCCUCAUCAUCUCUUCUUCAUACGCCAAUGAUCUCAACUUCAGCUUCAUAUCAGUGGUAGCGUAUAUGGGACUCAUCUAUCUCGGCGUCACUUUCGUAUUCCACUCUCUGAUGCGCAGGGGAGUAGUGGAGGAGAUGCAUAAAGGGGUUGGAGUGAGAGAGGAAGAUGUGAAGAGGGUGCUCAGACUCAUAAUGCCGUACGUCAACGAGUCUCUCCUUCAACUCAGAGCCCUUUUCUCCGGCGAUCCCUCCACCACCCUCAAGAUGGGAGUGGUGCUGUUCAUCUUGGCCAGAUGGGGCCCUUCUAUCACUCUUUGGAACCUUGCCAAAUUUGGCUUUCUGGGAGCAUUUACAGUGCCUAAAAUCUUCAUCUCCUACUCAACCCACUUCUCUGCUUACGGUAUAUUUUGGCUGAGGAGAUUCAAGGACGCAUGGGAAACGUGCAACCACAAAAAGGCUGUGGCUUUGGCACUCUUCACCCUCGUCUGGAACCUCUCAUCCGUUGUUGCACGUGUCUGGGCAGCUUUCAUGUUAUUCGUUGCUUUUAGAUAUUAUCAGCAAAAUAUGAUUUGGACCACUGACCAAGAUGAUGAUGAAGAUGAAGAAGAAGAUGUAGUAGACAACGAAGAAGAAGAAGAAGAACAAGUACUUAAACUUAAAAGAGAUUCUUAUAUGAUGAUGAUGCCGAAUAAACUAAAGAAAAUUUCUUAAAUUUCCUCCUGCCCAUAUGUAAACAUAAUGUAAUAAUUUCUCUAGUUUUUAGUUAGGGAUCAUCUGUUACUUCACUACACAGCUUCUAUACAUAUUAGAAUGUUAAUAUGAUGUCCUCCUGUUACCCACA